AUGGUCAAAGGGUUGAACCCGAAGCUUGUCACAGUCGUUGAGCAAGACGUGAACACAAACACUUGCCCUUUCUUCCCGAGAUUCAUGGAGGCUUACGAGUACUACUCUGCGGUUUUUGAUUCUCUUGACGUGACGCUCCCGAGAGAGAGCCAAGAGAGGAUGAACGUGGAGAGGCAGUGUCUCGCUAGAGAUAUUGUCAACGUUGUUGCUUGCGAAGGAGAAGAGCGGAUUGAGAGGUACGAGGUUGCUGGGAAAUGGAGGGCGAGGAUGAUGAUGGCGGGGUUCAGUUCGAGGCCAAUGGGUUCAAGAGUGGCGAGGAGUAUGCAGAGCUUGAUAAAGGAAGAGUAUUGCAGUAAGUACAAGGUUAAAGAGGAGAUGGGUGAGCUCCUUUUUUACUGGGAGGAUAAGAGUUUAAUCGUUGCUUCAGCUUGGAGGUGA